CAUGUUGUUGUAGUUCAGUUUGACUGGACCGUCAUAUCCCACCGUUCCUGUAUGUCUCAGCGAUCAUCGCCCUACUCCCGUCUAUGACAACGGGACAUCGCUAUUAAACUGGUGGGAGCAAACGCCGAAUGGCACAAUGAAUUUAAGUUUGGAUCUGUCGCGGAAAAACCCACAGGAGGACUUUGAGCUGAUCCAGAGGAUCGGGAGCGGAACCUAUGGAGAUGUCUACAAGGCUCGUAACGUCAGCACUGGAGAACUGGCUGCUAUCAAAGUCAUCAAAUUAGAACCAGGAGAAGACUUUGACGUGGUGCAGCAGGAGAUUAUUAUGAUGAAAGAUUGUAAACACUCAAACAUUGUGGCAUAUUUUGGCAGUUACCUCAGGAGAGAUAAAUUAUGGAUCAGUAUGGAAUAUUGUGGCGGUGGCUCACUCCAGGAUAUUUACCAUGUUACUGGGUCCUUGUCAGAAUCCCAGAUUGCGUAUAUGUGUCGUGAAACACUGCAGGGUGUUUACUAUCUCCAUAACAAAGGCAAGAUCCACAGAGACAUAAAGGGAGCAAAUAUUCUGCUGACAGACAAUGGCUAUGUUAAGCUAGCGGAUUUUGGUGUUUCGGCUCAAAUAUCAGCGACUUUAGCAAAGAGAAAGUCUUUCAUUGGAACUCCAUAUUGGAUGGCACCUGAGGUGGCAGCCGUGGAGAGGAAAGGGGGCUACAAUCAGCUCUGUGAUAUUUGGGCCGUGGGCAUUACAGCUAUUGAGCUAGCAGAGCUAGAGCCACCCAUGUUUGACUUACACCCCAUGAGAGCUCUUUUCUUAAUGACCAAAAGCAAUUUUCAGCCACCCAAACUGAAAGAUAAAGUCAAGUGGACAAAUAAUUUUCAUCACUUUGUGAAAAUGGCUUUGACUAAAAAUCCCAAGAAGAGACCAACCGCUGACAGAUUACUACAGCAUCCGUUUGUAACUCAGCCACUUAGCCGCACUCUUGCCAUUGAGUUGCUGGACAAAGCCAGCAACCCUGACCAAAGCACACAUAGUGAUGCAGAAGAGGAUGAACUUGAUCCAGAGUCACCUGUCUCGGUUCCACAUCGAAUCCGUUCGACUAGCAGGAGCUCACGAGACGGAAAGACUCUGUCUGAGAUCAACUUUGAUAAGGUGAAGUUUGACCCACCGCUAAAGAAAGAGACUGAACCACAUCAUGACAUGGAUCUGCCAUUAGAGCCACAGAGCAUUCUGGGAAAUAACAAGAGUCUAUUAAGAUCUGUUGCUGAGGAACUUAGUCAAAGGGGUCAUGUGACACAUUUAGAGGAUGAGGAGGAGGAUGAAGGUGAUGAUUUGCACGAUAACUCCACGUCAACCAUGAGGCCUAAAGUACCGCCCCCCCUACCUCCCAAGCCGAAGUGUCUGUCUCAGAGCAGUACAGCCUCAGAGGACAGUAGUGGAGAGGGAACUAUCAAACGUUGUCCACCUUCUUCAAGCUUCACCCCUCCUGCACGCCCAACUUCCUGUGUUCCUCCCAGACCACCACCUCCUCGCCUGCCUCCACACAGGCGUAGUAGUCUAGGUAGUGGACUUUCUGUUCAAGAAAAUGAAGAGAGAGUAAAACUGGCGUCUCUUCCUGCAUCUGGUUUACAGAAACCAAUCAGUAAUGGCCUGCCACCUACCCCUAAAGUACAUAUGGGAGCUUGUUUCUCUAAGGUGUUUAAUGGCUGUCCACUGAAGAUACACUGUGCAUGUUCCUGGAUAAACCCGAACACCAAGGAUCAGUAUUUGAUUUUUGGAGCAGAGGAAGGAAUUUAUACUCUGAAUCUGAACGAAAUCCACGAGAGCAGCAUGGAACAGCUGGUUUCACGGAGGUGCACAUGGGUGUACGUAAUGAACAACUGGCUGCUCUCUAUAUCAGGUAAAGCAUCUCAGCUAUACUCCUACAACCUGACAGGGCUCUUUGAGCAAGCACGACAGAUGCAGAAGUUACCCGUUGCCAUACCAACGCAUAAACUCCCAGACAAAAUCAUCCCUCGGAAGUUUACUGUGUCCAAUAAAAUACCAGAUACCAGGGGUUGUCAGAAAUGCUGUGUAGUGCGAAACCCAUACACAGGUCAUAAGUACUUAUGCGGAGCUUUCCAGUCUAGUGUAAUGCUGUUUGAAUGGGUGGAGGCUAUGCAACGCUUCAUGUUGAUAAAGAGUAUAGACCUUGCUCUGCCAUGUCCAUUAGAAGUCUUUGAGAUGUUGGUGGUUCCUGAGCAGCAUUAUCCACUGGUUUGUGUGGCAGUCAGUAAAGGGAGUCAACCCGAUCAGGUGGUCACAUUCGGCACUGUUGAUCCAAAUGCUGCCAUUCCUGCUUUUAUGGAGCCAGAAACGCCUCAGACAUGUGUGAUUCAUGUGACUCAGCUGGAGAGAGACACUGUUCUUGUGUGUCUAGAUCGGUGCAUCAAACUGGUGAAUUUGCAGGGCAGACUAAAAUCCAAUAGGAAACUGUCAACAGAACUUACAUUCAACUUCCAGAUAGAGGCAAUAGUAUGUCUUCAGGACAGUGUUUUGGCAUUCUGGAAACAUGGAAUGCAGGGACGAAGCUUUAAAAACAGCGAGAUUACUCAGGAGAUUUCUGACAACUCAAGAAUCUACAGGCUGUUGGGUUCAGACAGAGUGGUGGUGUUGGAAAGCAAACCGACAGAAGACCCAACAGCUCAAAGUAAUCUUUACAUCCUCGCGGGCCACGAAAACAGCUACUGAUAAUGCAGGCACUACUGACAACACACACUGCCUUAACACACAGUAAAGCCACACUACAUGUUGCACACUACAAAGUAUGUUACGGAGACAUAUACACCUCAUGUUCAUUUGUAAAACUACUGAACAAAAGACAAAGUAACUAAACGCUGCAAUUCAAAAAAAAGAACACUACAGAUUACGCUUGGCUUGAUACCACAAUGUUGACUUCGGUACGACACCAGCCCCUGGCAAAUCAGUAUUGAUGCUAAAUCGAUACCUUGAUGUUAAAUAUGUGUGAUUGAUUUGCAUAUCCUGUAUUUCAAUAAUUUACUAAACUAAUACCGCAAUUGAGAUUUACAUGAGAUCUGUCAUGUAUAGGCAGAUAGGGCCAAUCUUUAAAUCUCGCAGAGUCAAAGACGAACUCAGCUUGGGUUUUAUAAUUUAAAGUCUGCCCUUUUGUGACCCUGUCUGUGAUUGACUGGUUCUCUGAUUCACUGUUUUCCACACAAAUAAUCCUACAUAACGUAAAUAACAUUCUGUGAAAAGAAAUAUAACCUUGAUGUAUUUAAUAUUGACUUUGUAGGUCAUGUCAAAAAUUGAAAUCAAUGUGAAAGCAAUGAUUAACCCCAUUCACACAGCACUUUGAAUCCCAGAAAAUUGCCUUAAAAUUGCCGGAGAGCCCUCUUUGUGAACACAAACACGUCCUGUAAAGAAUCACAAGCCAUUUUUUUGUUAAAAUGUAAAAAUAUGUACAAAACAUUACAACCAAUAUUCCCUACACCCUUAUUGAAGGUGCAAUUUUAGCAUGCGGACAAAAUCAAAAUAUCUGAAGAUUAAACGCCCACUCAAGAAGGAGCAGUAGCGACAAAAAAGGCAUAAUAAAACAGAUAAAUCAUAUAGGCAUGUUUGUCUUUCAUUUAGAAAGUUAUUUUAGAAUCUGUGCAACCUGUGUUCUCAUAUAUAUUUCAGACCUGGGAUGGCUAUUUCAAGCUUUUCAGAUUUGUUAUUACUAAAGCGCUAAUUUGACAAAGCAAAAUCAGUUGCAGCUGUUUGUGCAGCUGCAUUAUAAAACUGUGACAAAACUAUCCCUUGCAUUUAAGAUCAAUGAAACGUGCGCCGUGAUGAUGCUUAGUGCAAAUUCAUAGUCGGAUUGAAACCCAAACUAAUAGCACCUGUCAAAAAGUUGCCCCAAGAAGAUGCUGCGGACUCAUUGCAUGUUGUUCUCCUGAGUCUGAUAUGAUGCUCUGCAGAAAAUAAACUUGUGACGAUGAUCCAUGAGAAAAGGCAGAAACAAUGCAGUAAGGGGCAUGCCGUAGUGAGGACGCGUCAUUGUAACAAGUUUUUGUUUAGCUCCUUAAAACCUGGGAUCUAAAUGCAUAUUAACAUUCACACAAAAAACUGCAAACUGGACUGAAGUAGAGAUCAGGGAGCUCCUCACUAUCUACGCUAAAGUUGAGAUCAUUUACCAGUAUAACAGAACACCACGUCACACACUCCUUAAUGAUCUUAUAAUGAACAAAAAUGCAUGCACAUGGUUUUUCAAGAGAGAGAAAUCACAGACAAUAAGCAAACUUUCGAUUUCUGGAAAAAUCUGAAAAGUGCUGGACUUAAAAUAUGUCACGUCUUUACGGGAUCUUAAAAGGUACUCCACCUAUAUUGACUUGUAUGGCUUUAGGGAUUUACUAGGAGGUUGUCUAGGAGUUCGCCUUUUUUUUCAAACUACAUGACGUCAAAUGGUAACAGUCCAAACCCGUUCUCUGUUUUCUGUCAGAUGUGAAAAUGCCAAUAAAAUAAGCUGUCAAACAGAAGAUGAAUGAUAAUAAUUAGGGCUGGGCGUAGAUUUAUCUAGAUUAAUCUCAUACAAAAUAAAAGUAAUUUUUUGCAUAAUAUAUGAGUUUGUGCUGUGUGUAAAUGUUAUGUAUAUUUAAACACACAGACAUAUAUAUAUAUAUAUAUAUAUAUAUAUAUAUAUAUAUAUAUAUAUAUAUAUAUAUAUAUAUAUAUAUAUAAUAUAUAAAAAUAUAAGUAAAUAUAUAUACACAUGUUAAUGUUUCUUAAAGGACAAGUUCGGUAUUUUAGACUUAAAGCCCUGUUUUCAGAUUGUUUAUGGUGAAAUAGAAUGGUUUUGACUGAAAUUUCGACAUUUGCGGCUGCCCUGAGAAUUUUCGCGUGUUUGUGUUUCAUCUCACACCUCUACAAUGGGUUUAAUGGUGCACUGGAACAAUCCUUCCUAAAAUGCAUUAAACUUUCGUUUACAAAGACGUGAAACUCACCGAGUGGUCAGGGGUGUUAACUGAUAUGCUCACACAAAAAUCGCUGCAAACGAUGCUUUCCAACAGCUGUUUUAGCAUUCGUUGUUAACUUGUGGACCUAUUUUUCCAAACGCCUCACACCCGUACAUUCUUCCGCUUAGAGCUUGAAUAAUAGACACUCCAGCCCAGGUGGUGGCGCUAAUCCGCCAUUGCCAAUUGCAAGAAUAGAAACAAAGUUCCCGGCACGGAGUAAUACCGUACCUCACAGGACAUCUAAUACAAGUCAAUGGAGUUGGUAAAAACUACUUUUCAAAAUCUUGCUGGAUGAGCGUUGUUUUCAUCCUAAUCCUACCCCCAAACAUAGCCCUAAAUCAGCUCAGGCACCACGGGGGCAAAGGGGGACAUGGACCCCCAGAAAGAAUUUGUGCCCCCCAGUUUUCUUAACAGACGUAAAUGAAAGCAUUCUUGGAGAGAUAAAUUUAGUCAUAUACUUUGAUAUAACGAUUUCGUUAAUAACGUGUAUAACUGAAUUUAUGACUGGAACUAACUAAUCUGUUUGCAAAUAAAAACGAGCCUACAGGACUGCGCAGUGAAAUUCAGCGACCUAGGUGGCAUUUUCUUGAUGUUUCAGCCUGCGAGGUUUUAAACAUUCGUUUCUUAAAUGCAACUAAAAGGAGCUUAGUAAUAUCAUGUCACUAUCACCAUCAAAGUGAACUACGAAGAUAAAUCAGACAUAAUUAUUAAAACUGAACAUCAGGGUUUCCGUCCGGCGCUAACAAUUGCAGCAGGGACGAGAAACAAGCUCAAGUCAGUCCAGUUCGCUAUUGGGGGAGUCCAGUCAGAGCAGGGAACAAUCCAAAGAUAAGAGCAGGUUAGGAGUCAGAUGGUUAGCAGAGAGAUUAAAAAGCAUCCAGGACCUUAGACAGCACAGAGGAUGACAAACCAGGAAUCAAUUCCGAAAGAGAGAUCCGUAUCUAAAAUAUAUAAGAUUUCACUUUCCCAACAUUUAUUUUAUUGUCCUUAAAAGAGUUGCUCAAUACUGUUCAUGUUGCAAGAGCAGUUUCUCUUCUUUUUAUGUAUGACUGCUAUGUUGCAUUAUAAUAAUCCUAAUAUUCAUUUAAAUAAGAUGGUAUUUUAAAAAUAUUUCAGCAGAAACAUACACUCUUAGAUAUCCCACAUAAAAAGUUUUUAUAGUAAACUGUGGUAAAAGUUCUACAUACUGGCGUUUUUAAACUUACUACAUUAAAUAAUGGUCAUUUCCAUGGGGGUUAUUUCCCACCACUAUCGUAUAUUAAUAUGUAUUAUGAGAGUAAGGUGAAAAACAUACACUUUAGCCCUUUUCACACAGAGAUUUCGGAAAAUGCAUCCUGGAUUUUUCCGGGAUAGUUUGAUUUUUUGUUCAUUCACACUGCCAAUGAUUUGCCGGCAUCUGCAAGGUUCCGGAAAGACACGUGACCUGUUUAAGGUCCUGCCCUAUCUUCUACACAGCAUCUGAAGUUUGCAUAUUAUUUAUCUCUCCAGAAACCACCCGCGUGCAUUUUUGUUAAUGAUAAGAUUGUAAAGGAGCGUGUGACGCGCCGUUCUAUGCUGGUGAAUGAUUUCAGCUUCACUGUGGAUAUUUGAUGAGCUCCCUGAUCUCUGCUUUAAUCCAGUUUGCAGACAUUUCUCACCAUGAAUGUUAAUAUGCAUUUAAAACCCCAGUUUUGAGGAGCUGAACAAUAAAUCUUGUUGGGAUGAGCUUGGGCAUUUCUGUUUAUUUUAAGCUCAAAUUAGCACGUGAUGCAAUAUUCUUCUAUGCUGCUUAAUGAUCUCCGUUUCAGCGCGGUAAGUGAUGAGCUAACUUACCUGAUAUCUGCUUCAGUCCAGUUUGCUGACAUUUCUCGUCGUGAAUGUUGUAUUGCAUGUAAAUCCGUCAUUUUAAAAAGUUGAAACAACUUCAUGUUGCCAUGACACGCCCAUCUUGUUUAUGCGUCUCAUUUAUCAUUUCCUGAUAACUGCUUCAAUCUAGUUUGCAACAUUUCUCAUUGUGAAUGUUGAUAUACAUGUAAACCUCUCGUUUUAAAGAGCUGAACCAUAACUUUUGUUGUGAUGACGAUCGUAUCCUAACUACGACAUGCCCAUUAAGGCAUUGUUUCGGCUUCUUGUUCACACAGAGGGUUUUUUCGUAUAUCUUACAAGGUCCUCUUUCCGUCACGAUCUCAGAAGAUUUACGGGACGUGUUUGUGUUCACACAGACACUUGUCUGGCAAUUUUACUGUUAUUUUCUGGGACCAAAGGUCUGUGUGAAUGGGGUUCUUGAUUGGAAGUAACAGCCAAAGGCAGUGGAAUGUGGCAUUGUAACUAAACACCUGUCGUCUGCCUGGCCAUGUGACGUCAUUUACCCAGAAUGCACUGCACGUAAACAGUAAUGGCGGCCUCCAUAUGUUAAAGUUCGGGAUCACAUUUUGAGAUUUUUUUUAAAUAAUGAAAUUUUUUAAAAGAUUUGUGUUUGUAGCAACGGUUUUAGUAAUAUAAGUCAUUUAUAGCGUGCUACAGCAUACAAAACGUUACAGACGGAGUACCUUUUAACGGUGUGUGUGUGUUAAUGCACCCACAGAUUCUGGAAAAUCAUUGGCAGUGUGAAUGAAACAAAAUCAAACAAUCAUGGACGGAUCCAGGGACACAUUUUCUGUGUAUUUUCCGUUAACUAUGUGUGUAAAGGGCUAUUGAAAUCCAACUUUGAUGCUCCUAAUUUCAUAAUUAGAUUGAGACUUUAGCCUGGAUUUCACAGACAGGGUCACAUUUUUCCAUGCAUUGUCGACUUUUGGUGCAAAAGAUUUGCUUAUUAAAUCCCUUAAGUGAUACAUGCAUCAGUUAAUUUCUAAACCCCCUAAAAUCUAACUUUGCUUUCUCAAUUCACACUAAACUGCCUGUUUGUACCAGGUACCAAAAUGAUCUAAAUGUUGGUAUUGUGCCGUUUUUAAGUUUUGGUACUGCUGUACUUUAAAUUCAAUUUAACCUUACAGAUGCAUUUUAACACAUAAAUGCAGUAAAUGCAAACACUACAGAGAAAUCUUGAUACACAACCACUGCAACAUCCGAUCAGUAUAACAGAAAGGUACCCUAAUGUCUAAAAGAUGAAACAGAUAGCCUGUUUUUAUAUCUGGCAUGACUGACAAAUGUAGGACCAUCAUGUUAGCUUUCUAGCCUUCAGUACUACAGUAACAAAUAGCUUCUCUCUGUGUCAUACUGUACUAAUUACUCCAGAUCUAAUCAUCUCAAUGUCUUCAUCUCUCUACCGUGGUCUUUUUCUCUUCUGACCUUUAGUGAUUAAGUCAGUGAUCCUCCAAUUUUAUGUCCCACCAGCUGAAGAUUUUCUCAUUAACAGCACAAGGACAGAUAGUGGAGCUUUAGUACAGCUGUUUAUAUUGGUCCUGUACUAAAUGGUAGACCUAAUGUGUAUUUGCACACCUGUGAUUGCGGUCACAUCAAGGUGUUUGUGAAGUCCAUGAGACUGGUGUCUAUGAGAUAGAUGGCACUAUCAUAUCCUGAUGUUAUGCUGCCUCUCAUGUUAUUCAAACUGAGGAAAACUCCAACAGGGAUGCUUGUAUUGACCUUCACACUGUUGCAGUCGUCUCCCACAGUCUUGGUAGAUUUAACAUUGAUUGACUAAUUUAAAUGCAUUCAGUAACUAAAACUAUUCAGAUUCAUCAGAAAACUAUUGAGACAUUUCUUUUUAGUCUAAUUUAACAUCAGUUCUUCAAGUACUAUGGUAGUAUUAUGGUACCAGUGUCAGAAAUUACAUUUUACAUUAGGGGCAAGUCUGCCCUUUAAAUAGGAUUUUUAGUUUUGUUUUGCCUGUAUAAAAGGAUAUGUUCAUAUUAAAUAUGUUGCUUUAUUAUAUUUAUAUAGUCAGGGAUCUGAAAAAAAUCACUUUCGCCCCGGUUCUCCCCUAAUGAAAAUCAAAAGAAGUGAUUAAAAAAAUUUAAGGAAAUUUUGGUUACUUCUAAUGGUCUUAUUUUUCUCAAGUUCCCCUUAAUUUUUGACCCUGAAUGGUACAGUGAUGGUAUCAGACUAUAAUACCUUGGUACUUUGAUGAUAUUGAAUUAUUACCAUAUUCAUAUACCAUGGUUUUUAUAUGGUAUAUGUCCAGAAAUGUAUGUGAUUACCAUGGUAGCUUAACUAUGUUAAUAUGAUUGUCUCUCUCUGUAAAUCUCUUAAUUCAGCGAAACAGCAUUAUGUUUAGUACAUAGUCUUGUCAUGGCCCACAUUCAUGAAAAUUGAGAAAAUUUUGUGACCUGAAAGGCUGUUUUAUUUUAAUAUUUAUAAAGAAAAGCCAAGUGUCAUAUUUAUGUUAAUUACCAAGCACUGUUAUUGAAGGUUUGCACAAUAAGUUUUAUUCAGAUGUGAGUGUGUUAUUGAGCAAAUACACAUUUCUGGUCACUGUAAAUAUGAUAGAAAAAACACAAUGUCAUAUGAAUGCAGUAUAUACAAAUCAUUAAUAUGAAAGUUGAAAGGUUUUUCUAGAAUGUAGCUGUCGUGUCUGUUAACAUUCAUAGCAUUUCCAUCUGUGUGAUAUAUCUGAACACUAGUUUUUUUCUUCAAAAUAUCAGUCAUGUUUUGUUUAACUAAAUGGGUAAAUUAAGCAUGUCGUCUCUACCUCUAACAUGCCUUCAUAAACUUUAGAUCUAUUGAACAUUUUUAAACCUUGAUAACUGAUUAAUGUCCAUGUUACAGCUUUUUAGUUAUAGAUGUUGUUAAGACCCAGAUGAAACCAUGUUUGAGGCACGUCUACAAUAACAUUUCAUCUAUGUUUGAAAGCAUCACACACGUAAUAUCUGAUGCUUUGAAUUCAGAGUGUGAAAACCAUUAACAGACUAUUUCAAAUCAACUACAACAGAGUUCUCUUUAUGUUAUUCACAUGUUUUGUAUAUAGUGUAAAAUAAUUUGAGUUUUACAGACUGUAUAAAGCCAAUAUUUUGUUUCAAAUGUGAAACUCUUUUAUGAGAUUUAACACAAUAAACUAAGGUGAAAAAGUAAAAAUA